ACCACAACGAUGAGAUCACAUGCAGUGCUGCUCCUGCUCUUCGCCAUCCUCUCACCCUUCGCAGGGGCGAACUUCACCAGCCCCAGCUGCGGAACCCGAAAGACCUCCCACCCCAAACCACUGAUCGUGGCCGGGAUUGGUUCGAUCCCGGCCGGCCAGUGGCCCUGGCAUGGUUCCAUCUGGUACCGGUUGACACGCACGAGUCACUACUACGCCUGCGGGGCCACGCUGGUGAGCGAGUUGUGCGUUCUUACCGCGGGUCACUGUGUCUCCAAGGAUGGGAACGCACUCAACGAGCGGCUGCUGACGGUGCAGUUCGGCUCGGUCCGACGAAAUCUGCUGCAGAGUGCCUUCCCGGUGCAGACGGUGGCCGUGGCGGAGAUUCACCUCCAUCGGGACUACUCGCCGAGGAGUUUCCUGGCGGACAUUGCGCUGCUUGCGUUGCGCACCAAGGUUACCGUGAACGAAUUUGUGAGUCCCGUUUGUUUGCCUGGUGCGCUGGGGUCCGAAGGGGACCCGGGUCUGUCGGGUAGGGAAGCCGUUGCCGUGGGAUUCGGAAUGACGGAGGCGGACGAAAGUGCCGACGAGCUGAGGCAGCUGCGGCUACCGAUCGUGGAUUACGUGACGUGUUUGGAGAGCAAUCGGGAAGUGUUCGGUCGGUCGCUGUCGGCGGGAAUACUGUGUGCGGGUCGGACAAACGGAAGUACCGUUUGCAAUGGAGAUAGCGGAGGGGGUCUCUUCACGGAGGAAAGCGACGGGAGAUGGGUUAUUCGAGGUGUGACCAGUUUUACGGCGCAGCGAGGGUGGAACGAUAGCAGCUGUAGUUUGAAUGAUUAUGCGGGGUUUGUGAGUGUGGCUUACUACGGGGCCUGGAUACAGAGUGUGAUGAGAACUGGCGGUGAGAUUAACAAGAAGGAGGCCAGGCCACGCCUGGCCACCAUACCAACAACUGCAUCCGUUGUUCGUGAGCUUAGAAUUAGCGAGAAGAAGUGUAAGGAAUACCGUCGCCAGGGAUUGACGAUUUCGAGUUCCACCGGUCCAGGACAUCUCUACCUGUACAACAGUUCCAGUACCCAAGGGCUUGUGUACUACAUCUCCGAUGAGUACGCAAUAACGACGGCGGAUUUGGCGAUUGGCUGCUUCCAGACGGAGGACAUCUGCCGAACGAUCCUCGGUACUCGAAUCCAGAAAGUUUUCGCCCAUCCGAAUUAUACCGGUGGGAGGGAUUACAACGUUGCACUGGUCCGGUUGUCACCGGCCACUGAACCUUUGUGGUGCCUGUCAUCGGAACCGUUGUCCAAAUUAUACUUCGAGGGCCGACAGCUGAAGUUGAGUUCAGUUUCGGCGGAAGCUCCGACCUGGCUAGAGUUCGAUCUGAACGAUUUCAUCCCGUCCAAGCGAGGAUCGGUGGUUUACAACGAACAUCGCGAUAUCGCCGGUCUGAUGCACAAUCGAGCCGGUGAAGUGGUCGUCAUGACAAAGCUUCUCGCCAUGUUGGAUUGGAUCGAAUCAAUCGUGUGGAACGAAGCAUCGUAGCAUCCCAAUUGCAUACAAGAUAUGUCAACUUGCGUGAGAGUGGUUCUGAUUUAUCGUACAAUAAAUGACACAUGGGCAAAUUGUU